AUGGCGCCCACGGGCCUCCUCAACUCCUUCCUGGCCGCAAUCCAGGCCUCGCUGUCAGUCCUGCUGGUCAUCUUCUACGGGGGAGUCGCCGCCCACCUCAAGCUGCUCAAUUCGGCCAAUACAAAGGCGCUCUCCAAGAUAUGCGUGCGCAUGUUCCUGCCGGCCCUGCUGAUCGUCAAGAUUGGCUCCGAGCUGCACGCGGGGUCGGCGAAGCGCUAUCUCAUCGUCUUCAUUUGGGCCAUCGUCUGCCACCUCAUCUCCUUUGUUAUCGGCAUCGUCGCACAUUUGUGGCUGGGUAUGCCGGACUGGACCACCGUGGCGCUCAUGUUCAACAACACGACUUCUUACCCGCUCCUCCUGAUUGAGGCGCUGGACGAGACGGGCAUCCUGCGCGCGCUGAUUGUGACGGACGAGACCACCGACGCGGCUGUCGAGAGGGCCAAGAGCUACUUCUUGGUCUUUGCCACGGUCAGCAGCUGUCUGACUUUUGCCGUCGGGCCGAGAUUGAUCGACACGGAGAAUGCGCCCGACGACGACGACGAAGGGGAGUCCAAGGACGACGCGCCGGAGCGAGACGAGCCCUUUGACGCUGUGGAGCGAGCAUACCGCGACCGUACCGACGACGAGGCCGGGGAGGUCAACGAGGAGACGGGUCUGCUACAGAGUCCCGACACAUACACCUUCCCGCAACGACAGUCGACCGUGUCCUUCGCCAACUACACCGAGAACUCGUUCUUCCCGUCGACGCGCCGCUCGUCCUUUUCCGGGCGACCAGCCCAACCCUCGCGGCGGUCGUCGAUGGCCGCCGUGACCCUGCAACGGCGGGCGUCCAUCGUGCCCAAGAAGCAGUGGUACAAGCUCGGCCCGCGCGCCAAAUGGUGGCUGCUGUUUAUUUCGGACUUCUUCAACGCGCCGCUCCUGGGCGCCCUCGUCGGCGUCGUCAUCGGCCUGAUCCCGGUGCUGCACCGCGCGUUUUUCAACGACACGUACGAGGGUGGCAUCUUCACGGCCUGGCUGACGGCCUCGCUGAAGAACAUUGGCGGCCUGUUCGUGCCCCUGCCUGUCGUCGUCGCCGGCGUGAGUCUGUACACGGCCAUGCAAGAGGCCCGGCAGGCGUCCCGCGAGGGCCAGAAAACCCAGCACAUGCCCUGGCUCACCGUGACGUUUAUCAUGGUCGUGCGGUUUGUCCUGUGGCCCGCGGCGUCCAUCUACUUUAUAUUCCUGGUUGCGUCAAAGUCGACCGUGCUGGGCCCGGACCCGAUGUUGUGGUUUGCCAUGAUGUUGAUGCCCACCGGCCCUCCCGCGAUGAAAUUAAUCACGCUCGUCCAAGUUAGCGACGCCGAAGAGGAAGACGAACGCAACAUUGCCAAAUUAUUGACUAUCUCGUACCUCAUCUCGCCCAUCUUGAGUUUCACCGUCGUUGGGGGGUUGAGGGCCGCUCAGGCGGCGAUUCCGUCAUGA